CUCCGCUGUCUUUUCUCCGUCCAUACAUACUUAAAAUUCCUUAAAAUGAACACCCACGUUUUUCAAAACUCACACUGUUACUCCUUUAUCUUUUCUCCGAUAAAUGACAUUAAACCAACAUUCGACAACACACUUGAUUAUUACUCUAUGAUACUACAAUUCACCUUAUUAAUUUCUUUCAAAUGUUGCCUUUAAUAAAUCCUUGUUCAAUCUACAGUCCUCCAAAUUCCUCCAUUUCCACAGUUUCUCUUUUUCCUCCUCAUAAACCCACCUUCAUUCGUUGCCACGCCGCUGCCGACUCAGCAGCACCUGGGUUUGGCAGAAUUAGCCAAAACUCCGACGAAAUUGCUAAUAAGCGAAUUGGGAAUAAUAACAUAAAAAAGAACACAAAAGUGAAUGCAAAGGAAAGGCGUUGGUCGCGUAACAGAGAGUUAUUUGGCUGAUGAUAGUGAAGCUCUUCCUCUUCCUAUGACUUACCCUG